ACUUCGUCCCCACCCUCCACGUCAUCUCCUGCACCACCUACACCACUUACAACGGCCCAGAUCCUCCCUCUCAAAGCCAAAACUAUCCCUUUCAUUUAUCCCAGAUCUCUCGUUAUUCAAAUCGUUCAAUUUUCUUCCCCACAAAUUGUUCAAUUUCCUUCAUUUAAGCUCCUGAAGGUAUGCAGAAGAGUGACAACACCAAGGCGUCGCCGGUGGCAGCGGAAAGGCCGCCGCGACAGAAGAGAACGAAGACAAUACCGCAAGAUACUCACUUCCACGGCCCGCUCUUCCCGGCGGUUCGACGUAACUCGACAGCGAAAAAGCCGCCGUCGGAUCUCCGCGUUUUCAUUGAGUCCGAAUCGUCAUCCUUGCCAUCGAAUCGCGGUAACGCUACCCCCAGUAGCAGGAGUAGUAGCAGUAAUGGAAGCACUGGUUUUAAUGUGAAUAGUUUUGGGGAGAGAGAUUGGAUGUACCCUUCUUUCUUGGGCCCACACAUGGGCCGAAGUGGGGUCAAAGUCAAAGGGAACAAGGCCCAGAAACCGCUGACGAUUAGUGAGGAGCUGAAGAAGGAGGAGGAAGUGACGGAGGUGGUGGCGGUGAGUCAGACUCGAACUCAGACUCAGUCGACUUCGGUGAGUCAGACUCGGACUCAGAUUCAGGCUCAGUCUAGUGCAAGAACUCCCGGAGUAAAAAACUCCUUGGUGUAUUAUUUGCUAAUUUUCAGUUGUGUAUUCUUUGCAUCUUAUGUGAUUUACCUGCAAGAUAGAAAUGUAAAACUUGAGGAUGAGAAUAGUAAACUUCGUAGAGCAUGUAGCAUUAAAGGAAUUGUUGAAAAUGAAAGUACCAGAGUUUUGCAGCUUGAACAAAGCAAUUCAACUUCCAAUUUUGGUAAUGCUGACAGUAGAGUCAUUGCUUUGUACACUGUGGUAGUCACACUCAGUGUGCCAUUUGUCUUGUAUAAAUAUCUUGAUUAUCUUCCCCAAAUAAAGAAUUUCUCCAAAAGAACAAAGAUAAAGAAAGAGGAAGCUCCCUUGAAGAAGAGAAUUGCAUAUAGGGUGGAUGUGUGUUUCUCUGUUUAUCCUUAUGCAAAGCUUCUUGCACUUCUCUUUGCGACUAUAUAUCUUAUAAUAUUUGGAGGCUUGGCAUUGUAUGCGGUCAGUGACAGCAGCUUUGCUGAAGCUCUUUGGCUCUCAUGGAGUUUUGUAGCUGACUCAGGAAAUCAUGCCGAUAGGGUUGGCAUUGGACCCAGGAUUGUUUCUGUCUCAAUAAGUUCAGGAGGUAUGCUGAUUUUUGCAAUGAUGCUUGGACUAGUCUCAGAUGCUAUCUCUGAGAAAGUAGAUUCACUGCGGAAGGGGAAGAGUGAAGUUAUUGAGAAGAACCAUAUACUAAUUCUUGGAUGGAGUGACAAACUGGGUUCACUACUGAAGCAACUAGCAGUAGCAAACAUGAGUGUUGGAGGUGGUGUAAUUGUUGUUCUAGCAGAAAGAGACAAGGAAGAAAUGGAGAUGGACAUAGCAAAACUAGAAUUUGACUUAAUGGGGACUUCUGUCAUUUGCAGGAGUGGCAGUCCUCUCAUUCUGGCUGACUUGAAGAAGGUCUCAGUAUCAAAGGCUCGUGCCAUCAUUGUUUUAGCAUCUGAUGAAAAUGCAGAUCAGAGUGAUGCACAUGCUUUAAGGGUUGUUCUCAGUCUAACAGGAGUCAAAGAGGGUUUAAGAGGUCAUGUUGUUGUUGAGAUGAGUGACGUUGACAAUGAACCUCUGGUUAAGCUUGUUGGAGGAGAGCUAAUUGAAACGGUUGUUGCACAUGAUGUGAUCGGGCGCUUGAUGAUUCAAUGUGCUCUGCAGCCGGGCCUUGCACAGAUAUGGGAGGAUAUACUGGGAUUCGAGAAUGCUGAAUUUUACAUUAAGAGGUGGCCUCAAUUGGAUGGUCUGCGUUUUGAAGAGGUGCUUAUUUCAUUUCCUGAUGCAGUUCCUUGUGGAAUAAAGGUUGCUGCAGAUAAUGGAAAGAUAAUUCUAAAUCCAGAUGAUAACUAUGUUCUGAAAGAGGGGGAUGAAAUUCUUGUUAUAGCUGAAGAUGAUGACACUUAUGCUCCAGGUUCACUUCCAGAGGUACGUAGACAUUUCUUCCCAAAAAUACCUGAUCCUCCAAAAUAUCCUGAGAAGAUAUUGUUCUGUGGCUGGCGCCGUGACAUUGAUGAUAUGAUUAUGGUAUUAGAGGCAUUCCUGGCCCCUGGUUCAGAGCUGUGGAUGCUUAAUGAGGUUCCUGAAAAAGAGAGAGAGAAGAAGCUUAACGAUGGUGGACUCGAUAUUUCUAGAUUAGAGAAUCUAAAACUUGUGCACCGAGAGGGGAAUGCUGUCAUUAGACGACAUUUAGAAAAUCUUCCUUUAGAGACGUUUGAUUCUAUACUAAUUCUUGCAGAUGAGUCUCUGGAAGACUCCAUUGUGCAUUCUGAUUCACGAUCUCUUGCCACCCUUCUCCUGAUUCGAGACAUACAGUCAAAGCGUCUCCCUUACAGAGAUACAAAGUCAACUUCCCUACGGCAAUCUGGGUUCUCUCACAGCUCAUGGAUUCGUGAAAUGCAGCAAGCUUCAGACAAGUCAAUAAUUAUUAGUGAAAUCCUAGAUUCUAGGACCAGGAAUCUCGUUUCAGUUUCCAGGAUCAGUGAUUAUGUGCUAUCAAAUGAGCUGGUGAGUAUGGCACUGGCAAUGGUGGCCGAAGACAAGCAGAUAAAUCGUGUUCUGGAAGAACUGUUUGCUGAGGAGGGGAAUGAGAUGUGUAUAAAACCUGCAGAGUUCUAUUUAUUCGACCAGGAAGAGCUUUCUUUCUACGAGAUAAUGAUCAGGGGUCGUCAAAGACAGGAAAUUGUGAUUGGCUAUCGCCUUGCCAAUUCAGAAUAUGCAAUAAUUAACCCUUCACAGAAAUCUGAUCCAAGAAAAUGGUCUCUUGAUGAUGUUUUCGUUGUCAUCUCCUCGGGAGACUGAGGAUCAACCCUCAUUUCGGAUCAGCGCAAUAAGUCAGGUCCCAUAACCUUUAACACUUGAAACCGAACAGUUACUUUCAACUGGAAAAUCUCCCGAAAAUGUAUGGAUAGUAGGUUAACAUCUUAAUCUACUUUUAACUACGGAUGCAAUCAAGUUCAGCUGAGUAGUGUUAGGCUCGAGCUUGACUCAAUCAGGUUUAUGCAAAAUUUGAAACUGAGCUCGACUAAUUCAGGAGUUGUAGGCUUAAGCUUGAGAUAGAAAAUAUUAGUUGAAGCUUUGUAUGAGAAUUAUGUUAAUCCCUUUAAUUUAUAUAUUUAUCAAUUAUCUUCAUAUA